AUGAGUGAAUGUAUUAUUUUUGAUAGUGAUGUACAAGGAUGGAAUAAAGAAGAAUUCUGUAAGAGUAUAUUAAAUAAAUCUUAUUUAUCAUUUUAUAUUCAAACAAAUUCAAAUUUAGUUUUUGGUUUUCAUCUUACGAAGUCUAUUAAAAUUGUUGAUUAUUAUUCAUAUGAUUCUCAAUUAUCUUUCUUUCAAUAUUUUCCAAAUAAGAAACAAUUACCUUCUAAUCCAAUGAAUCAAUGGAUAGGUAUUUGUCUUCCAGCAGAGGAAAGGAAUACCUUAUUUCAUCUUGGAAUGAAUGAUUAUGAAAGUGAUGUUAAUUUUUUAACAAUAAGAAAUACCAAAUUAUUUUCUCGUGUUCAUCUUUUAGAUGAUUUUUUUCUUUUGCAAGAAGGUGAUAUACUCCCUGAGAUGGAAUUUCAAACUUUAAGGUUGAUAGUAAUUCAAAUUUUAUGA